UAGAGUAAGAAGGAGGGAGGAAGGAAAGAGGGAAGCCGAUAGAGAGUGCUGGCACUCUGCAGCGUGCUGCCACCUUAUUAGAUGCAGAAGAACACUGAUUUGAAAUAAAUAUCUGCAGGCACACAUGCACGCAUUAUACACACAGAGCAUCCCACAAGAUCAGAGGAAAUCCAGUUAUAGUCAUCAGAAUGUAAUUAUGGAUUUCAAUCGUGUCAACUGAAAAAUAUCCAAGCGAUCUCUCACAUCUAUCCAGGGACCCAAGAGGAAAGGAGACAUACUGCGAUUACAAUGGAGAAUGCAACUCCGAGUGCUAUGACUAACUUCACAAUUUCGGAACCUUUGAGCAAUAUGCCUGAGAACUCACUGGAGGUCCAAGUCAUCACUAUACUCCUGUCCCUUCUCAUUUGUGGGGUGGGAAUAGCUGGGAACAUCAUGGUCGUCCUGGUGGUUCUCCGGACCAAACACAUGAUGACACCAACUAACUGUUAUCUUGUCAGCUUGGCCAUUGCUGACCUCAUCGUCCUUCUGGCAGCUGGAUUGCCCAACAUCUCUGAGGUAGUUUCUUCUUGGAUCUAUGGCUAUGCUGGCUGCUUGUGUAUCACUUACCUGCAGUAUCUGGGCAUCAAUGUCUCCUCGUGCUCCAUCACAGCUUUCACUGUUGAGCGCUACAUCGCAAUAUGCCACUCCAUCAAGGCACAGUUUAUAUGCACCGUAUCCAGAGCUAAAAAAAUCAUCGGCUGCGUUUGGAUUUUCACCUCACUCUACUGCAUCAUGUGGUUUUUCCUCGUUGAUAUACAUGAGAUGGUUUAUGCCAACGGUGUCGUUGUGAGGUGUGGUUAUCGGGUCUCGAGGAACCUCUACAUGCCAAUUUACUUUUUGGACUUCACGCUGUUUUAUGUCAUUCCUCUGGUCGUUGCUACAGUACUUUACGGGUUGAUUGCUAGAAUAUUGUUCAUGAAUCCUUUACCAGCAAAUUUGUCUGAAAGAGGAAAUGACUCAAUCCACCAAGGACGAAUGAACAGCACGGUGAAAGUCUCCUGCAAGCCAAAUAAGGGUGCAGUGUCCUCCAGAAAACAGGUGACUAAAAUGCUGGCAGUGGUGGUGGUAUUGUUCGCUCUGCUCUGGAUGCCCUACCGUACCCUGGUUGUGGUGAACUCUCUCAUGGACCCUCCGUAUCUCAACACGUGGUUUCUGCUCUUCUGCCGCAUGAGUAUCUACACUAACAGUGCCAUCAACCCCAUCAUAUACAACGCCAUGUCGCAAAAAUUCCGCACGGCUUUUAAAAAGCUCUGCCACUGCAAGACCACAAUCAGUAAGGAGAAGGCAUCAAAACACAAUGCCCCAGUCUACUACAGUGUCAUUAAAGACUCCUCAAGUCCUGAAUACGAGACAGAGCAGGAGGACGUUAGCACAUACAGUGUAUCUGCCAAGCGAGUGAACUUUUCAGCCCAGACUGAAGAAGCAACUGCUCAGGGGAUGUUUAGCAUUGCUUAAGUAAAAUUCCUGAAAAAAGACACAGUUUUGCUGCAGCUCAGCAGUAGAGGCCGUUAUUUCAGCUUUUGCAAGUGUUUUGAGAGUAGAUAUUGUUGCGUGGGCUGUUAAAAAUCUUGCCAGCUAGGAAGAAUUCUUUUACUGACUAACUGCCUGACUAAACUGAGAUGCAUGCUUGACAUGUGAAUGCAUGGGAGUCACUUAAGGCAUCCAUAUAGUAUUUCCAUGUUUAUGAAAGCUGACUCAUUUUUUUUAUUCCACUAUGCAAAAUGUCCAAUUGGCCAACAGAUUUUUCCACUUGAAUAAACAUUCUAUUAAGAAAGAUAAAUAUUUUACAUGAAUAACUCGAAUCAGAAACCUAAUCUAGCACAUUAGAUACCUAGACACUACAUUUACUAACAAAUUUACCUCAUUUAAGCUUCUUGAAAUAGCAUCAUGACAUUUGUGUGGAAUAAAUAUCAAACUUCAAUUGUUCUUGAAUAGCUGCCAACAAUAACUCAUUUGUAUAUAGCUAGUAUACAGUGUAUAUUCCAUACAUAUAUACAUCUUUUUAAACUAACACAAUUUCAGCUUCUUCAUUUCAAGGUCAGGACAAUAAAGUGUUACCUGGUUUAGGAUUUGUUGCCUAGGUAAAGAUCUUCAUUAUGACAUUUUUAAAAAUGCUAAUAUUUGGAAUUACUUGGACUAACUAUACAUUGAAUACAGUUUUGAGCUGAACGUCCCAUUUAAUUCAAAUGAAUACUGUAAAGUGUUUUUACUAUAUUUAGACCUUUCUUACAACUUGUUAAGUACACAUUAAAAAACAUAAACUACAGACACAUGCUGUUUCUGAGCUAUGCUGAUCUUACUGUUCUAGCUGUGGGGUCAUCUGUAGCUGUUGUUCUCAAAGUGGUGGAAAGAGACUGCACCUUUCUUAAGAGAGAAAAAAAAGUAAACUUUAAGAAUAAUAACCAUGAAGAGGCUUUAGAAAGCAGUAGAAUUUAUAUUUUACCUUUCUUGUGGAUUAUUAAAACUGAAUACUUGUUCUCUUACUCAAGUAAAUUUCCUAAAGAAAAAAGUCUUUGUAUUUUAAACUUUUUAAUCCUUACAUUUUUUCAUUUUGACCUAAAAAAUACAGCAAAAAAAGUUUUCAUUUUUAAGUUUGCUAUUUUUUAAGUAAGAUGUUUUCUUUUGCUGUAGUUACUGAUUUAUACAGAAUGUAGUGUCUUAAUUAAAGUAUGUCACCAUUAAAACUAAAUAUCUAUCAUUUGCUAAUUAAGCUAGUUAGGAUUUAUAAUUUGGCUAGGUAAAUUGACUAGCUAGAUACAUUUAGCAUUUUAGCUAGUUGAAUUAGCUCAUUUAGAUUAGUGCUUUAGUUUGUUAAAUUAGGUCACUAGUUAGGUUUUCUAAAAAGGUGUUCACUCUCUAAAUGAGCUAACUUUGCUGAUAUGCCUAAUAUUCAAUGCUAAUCAUUUUUAAAAACAUAUGAUAAUUCUAUUUUGUCUGAGCUUAACAUUUUUCUUAGGAUCAAUCGCUUAGCAAACUAAAUAGUCAUACAGGGUUAAACAAAAUAUACUUUUAAAACGUCUCAAUUUAAUCUUCUAUAUUUUUGUUCUUUUCAAAUGUAGAUACUGCUUAAGCCUCAAUCAAGUCAAUUUUCAUCCUAUACUUUCAUUUAAAAAUGGCAAGUGAGUAAAAUUUUUAGACAAUUCCAAUUAUUUUACUAAAAUACAUUUGAUCUGUGCUUUUUCCCCUUUCUGUUGUCUAAUGUCAAAUCUAUAUGCAGGAAUGCAAAACAUUUGGUCAGUAUGUUCACAGGAGAGCAGUUUGAUGAUGUGUCACAUGUUUAUAUUCCUUGCUCAUCCACUGAAUGAAUGAUGAAAUAUAAUAAAACUAUUUGUGACCUAAUUAAAAAACAAGAAGAAAAAACAUACUAAAAGCACAGAGUUUAUCUUAAGCAUCACCCACACUGCUUUCCUAUAAUUACAAAAGUCCUUUAGAUUUACUUUGUUCUAUUUGUGAAUUUCAACAGAUAAUCAGUACACUAUUAUUAUAAGUUAUUAACAUAGUGGAACAAUAUGUGAAAAAUGAAAAGCUUACAAUCUGUUGUUUUAUCCUUUUUUCUUAUUUAUUUAUUUAUUUAUUCAUGUGUUUUUACAUUAUGUUUUGGGGCUGUGUAAGACAUUUUCAUAUAGCCUUCUACCACACAGUUUUAAGUAUAUUCCAUGUCGACUAAGUGGAACUCACUCAUUUGUUUUUAAUAUAUCAGGAAACAGAACAUUCUUUCCCAUCAAUUGAUACUGUUCAGAUUCUUAUCAGUUGUUGCACAAUUGUGAAAUGGGUGUAAAUAAUGUAGUAUUUCUAAUGAAAAAUUCGCUUUUAAUUGUAUGUAUAUAUAUUUUUGAUUAUGAAUUGUUUUAGAGCCAACAAAACUGUCUGUGAAAUGUUAGUCUAUUAUGAGUGCCAGUCACAGAAUGAGAGCGAAACAUUUAGAAUCAAAUUGUUGAAAAAGGCAAAGCUCAUUACACUAUUAAUGAUUGGCAGUUUGGUUUUGAGGAUACGCUGAAACUCUUAGACCAUUAGUUGAUCCAAUGCAACAUUUUCAUCUAAUAGCAAAACCUCAUCUAAUUUAACAAACGCAACGUGGCAUUCAAAAUGCAAUUUGUUGCAAACAUAACAGAAGAGAAAAGCAAAGCUAUUAGGAGAAGAUAUGCAAACCUUGAUUGCCAUUUUAUUCUGUUGAUGAAAUAUAAAUUACCUUUGGACCAUCACUUUUGUAUAUUGGUACUUGGAACACUUUGUAAACCAAAUCUGUUUGUGAAAAUGGAUUUAAUAUGCUGUAUUCUUAAGUUCUAGGCGUGAGUAUUCCAUGUGAAAUUAAAUAGCUCAGUCUGCACUGUACAAUAUAAACAAAACGAGUAUAUGGAGUUAUGAGUUAUGUUGCAUGAUUAUUAUUUUGACUUGUGUGACAUGUCUUUUUUAGAAUUUCAUGACAUUUCAAAUGGUAAAGUUUCAACAUCACAUUGACCAUGCUGAGUGAUUGAUACUAAAUGCAUAAUUUGUAGCUAGUUUUCAGAUUUUGCUUAAUUCUUUUUAUUUGUAAUUAAUUAUAAUAACAAAUAAUAUGCCCUAUGGAUGCAUGAAUUUAAGAUUGCACAUGUUAGAGAUAUGACACAAUAAAUGUUGCUUGUAGCAAGCAAAAUGAUUGUUUAUCCCUAAAACAGUGGCAGCAAAAUGUCUUGUGCAUGGAAAAAAGACUCGAAAUGAUCUUACUUACAGUCUAUUAGGACUGAUUAUAUUUUGCACAAAGUGAUGCGAAACAAUGCUUGAGGGAGGAGAAUUGAAAUGGGAAUAAAGAUGGAACUAUGUGUCCAUUUCACACUUGCUAAUCUAGAAUUGGGCAUGGAUUUUUGUUAUAGCACAGGCCGUUCAUGUUGUUGAACUGAAAUCAUACAUGAAUUGUGAAAUAUCAUAUUUCCUAUAAUAUUGUAUAUUUUACUGUUGUCUUUUUGAUGGAAAAGUGUAAAUGAAAUAAA